UUGCUCCCAUUCCCAUCGUUCCCUCACCUCACCAUCAUGGCAGCAUUGUCAUCCCUCCUAAAAUCCCUCUCUUUCCUUUCCCUCUCAGAUCAAAAUCCAUCCCUUUCCCUUAAACCCCACCAAAACCCCUGCUCUCCACAACUCCCUUUUUCUUCAUCCUCGUCUUUCCCUCCCCAAUUUCUUCUUUCCACUGCAAACCCAUCACCCGACCAGCAAUCCCUUUUGAACCCACUUCCCAAAACUCCCAUAAAUCCCCAAUUUUACCCUGCUGCUGAUUAUUCUCCUUCUCCCUCUUUUGAGUCCCUGAUCAUAUGCCCGUCACUUGCCUAUGCGAAUGUAUACUUCUUCAAAGAUAACUUCCGCAUUGUCUGCGGCGAAAAUGAAUCUGAGCAUCAGAUUGCUGACCGCUUCAUGAGAGCUACGGCGAGGUCUGGCGUCUUUUAUGAAAUGAAGCGCAGGAGAUUCUUCCAAACCCCUAGGGAGGAGAAGAAAAUGAAGUCUCAGCUCGCUGCCAAACGUCUGAAAAGGUCAAAGAUGAGGGCUGCCAGGUUCCGAGAAGCUGAGCCAAAGAAACCAAGAAUCUUGAUGAACCCAAUUGAAGAGAUGAAGAGGAAUGCUCGAAUUGCUGCCAAACGACGCUCCUCCAAAAAGCGCUUACUGAGGAAGGACGCCGAAGAGAAAAAGGAGCUGAUUGCGAAGAAGGAAAGCUACAUCUCAGACGAUGAUAAUUGGGAGUUUGUCGACGUAUAAGUUCCCUAUACCUGACCACCUUGGUCCAAUUGCCAAAAAUCUGGCAGUGGUCAGAAUUGAUACCUGUAGUUUUGGAUACAGAUCCUUAGGAGAAUGGGUUGCUUGAUACCAAAUUAAACUACAGCUGGGUAGCUGUUUAUGAUUUAUCAAAGCCCUCAAAAUAUAUGUAACUCUAUCCAUCUUUAGGAUCAACUAGUUUGUAAGCUAACGCUCUUACAUGUCCUUGGCAUGCAUUCUGCACCUUUAGAUCUCCAAGUAUGAAGUCCACCAUGUUUUUGCUGCA